AUGGACGAAGUGUGCCAGCAAAUUGUGCAGAUGAUUUGCGAAGUGGAAGUUCAACAUCUGUUGAAGAGGGACGGGGUCAGAGACGCAAGUUUUGGCCAAGCUGUUGCCCACAACCCCAACGGGGACAUGAUUGCGAAUGGCUAUAUAUCGAAAAUGGAUAUUACUGGUUUCAGCCAAAAGACGAAGAGAACGAGUUGGCAUGACAGAUCAAGGAGGUGGGAUUGUGAUGUGACGAUCGGAUAUAACGUCAUCCAAGAAUACACGAAAAUGGACGAAAGUGGCGAAGAUUUCUCGAGGCCGCCAAUCCAAGCAGUCAAUGAUUUGAGACAACAGUUUGCGAACAAGUAUCAGAUAUAA